CGAUCGCCUAGAUCCACAUGGUGGCGAGGCUGCUGCGAGCCACGAGACCUCCUGCCUCGCAACUCGCGCGCAGAGUGAGCACAGCCACGGCGGCGGCUGCUCCACCCGCGGUAGCAGCUGCACCAUCCAUCUCGCAUUCGGAGCUGCGGGCGCUUCAGGCGCUUGAGUCAAGGGUGAACUGGCUCUCCUCGCUCAUGAUUCACCACGCCAACAACGAGAGGCCAAAGCGCGACGGCCUCAAAGUUGGAGGUCAUCAGGCGUCGUGUGCGUCAUCCGUCUCGAUCCUCACUGCGCUCUACACCAAGGUGCUGGAGCCACAAGACCGCGUCGCGGUGAAGCCGCACGCCGGUCCUGUCUUCCACGCGCUCAUGUACCUCAUGGGGCGUCAGUCGCGCGACAAUCUGCAGCGCUUUCGCGCGCUGGGCGGAGUGCAGCCGUACCCUUCUCGCACCAAGGACCUUCCGGAGGUCGACCUCUCCACCGGCUCCGUCGGCCUCGGCGCAGCGCUCACCUGCUUCACAAGCCUGGUCGAGGGGUACCUGCGCAGCAAGUCGCUUGUGCCGCCCGCUUGGCCCGGCACGGGCGUCGUUCCCGACCGGCCGGGCAGGCAUAUAGCCCUUGUCGGGGAUGCGGAGCUCGAUGAGGGCAACGUCUUCGAGGCGCUCUUGGAGACCUGGAAGCUCGGCACCAAGCACACGUGGAUGAUUGUCGACUACAACCGCCAGUCGCUUGACAAGAUUGUGGAGGACCAGUCCUCUCGCGUGAUUGACCGCAUGUUCCGUCUCAACGGAUGGGAGGUCCUCACGCUCAAGUUCGGGAGGCGCCUCCGCGACGCCUUCGAGCGCCCCGGCGGCCAGGGCCUGCGCCAAACUCUGGUCGACUCGUACAACGACGACGAGUUGCAACGCCUAAUGACGAACUUGGGCGGCCACUGCUACGAGACGCUGAUCGAGGCGUUUGACCGCGCCGCCCAGUCAGACGGCCGCGUAUGCUUCCUCGCCUACACCAUCAAGGGCUUCGGCCUCCCCCUCGCCGGCCACCGCGACAACCACGGCCUUUACCUCACGUCGCAGCAGUUUGAGGCGUUUCGUGCCUCGCACGGUCGGAGCGAAGCCAACCAGUGGGAGCCAUUCGAUGGGCUUCCCGACGAGGCGCGCGCGCUCGUCGCCGCGGCGCCGAUCAACUCGGUGCCGACGCGGCGGCACUCGCCCGGACCCGUGUGCAUCCCGGCAGAUCUUGCACCGUCGGUCGGCGGGGCGAAUGCCAAGCCCGUCUCUUCACAGACCGCCUUUGGCGCAGUCAUGCUCGAGCUUGCACGCGGGGACAGCGCCUUUGCCGGCCGGCUGCUCACCAUGGCACCGGACGUGACCACCACCACCUCGCUCUCCGGCUUUGUCAACAAGCGUGGCAUCUUCACUUCGGGAGACUCGGAGCCGGACAACUUCCGCGCGGCGCGUGCGCCGGGCGUUGCGUCCCUGAACAACUGGGGGAAGUCAGCCCGCGGGCAGCACAUCGAGCUGGGCAUCGCCGAGAACAACCUGCUGCUGUGCAUGGCCGCUGCCGGGCUGUCGGCGGAGCUCUUUGGCCACCGCCUCUUCCCCGUCGGCACGCUCUACGACCCCUUUGUCGCGAGGGCGCUUGACUCUCUGAUUUAUGGCACUUACAUGCGGUCGCGUUUCAUGCUCGUGGGAACGCCGUCGGGCCUCACCCUCGCGCCCGAGGGCGGUGCCCACCAGUCGAUCGGCACUCCGCUCAUCGGCACCUCGGUGCCCAACCUGCUCACGUACGAGCCGGCCUUUGCCGACGAGGUCAAGGCAGUGAUGCGCGCGGGCUUUGAGCAUAUGCAGGCGGAGGACGGCGGCGCGGUCUACCUGCGCCUCUCCACGCGCGCCGUCGAGCAGAUGCCGCGAGACCUUGCCGCGGACUCGGCCCUCGACGACGCCAUCGUCCGCGGAGGCUACUGGCACGUGCCGCCGCACGCAGCGACGAAGGUGGUCAUCGCCUUCAGCGGCGUCGUCGCGCCGGAGGCGAUCGCCGCACAGCGCUCGCUCGGCGCGUCGGCGGCGCUGCUGCAGGUCACCUCCUACGACCGCCUCACCAACGAGUGGAAGGAGCGAAGAGGCGGCAGCUACGUCACGGAGCUGCUGGGCGGCAUCCCCCGCGGCGCUCGGCUGGUGACGGUCCUCGACGGACACCCGUCCGCCCUCUCCUGGCUCGGAGGCGUUCACGGCCACCCGGUGACCCCACUGGGCGUGACGGAGUUUGGGCAGACAGGCGAUGUGCUCGAGCUGUACGAGAGGUACGAGAUCGACGAGGCGGCCAUCCUCCGGGCGUGCGAGCAGAUCUGCUGAGGUCUCACCCACCUCCAUCCUCCUGCUCCUCCCCUCCCUCACCCCUGCGCCCUGGCCGCUGCUGUGUAGCGGUGUGUUGCUACUUGCACGAUUCACUUUUGUAGAGAGCGGGAACGCAAAGAGCCGUACAUCUUUCACACUUUGUACAUUCCGGUAGAGGC